GCCAACCGGGUGUUCGACGAAAUGGCGGCGCCUGACGUGGUCGCGUGGAACUGCGCGAUGCACUGCAGCGUGCGGUACGGCUACCUCGGGCGUGCUCUUGGGCGGUUCUGCAGCAUGGUGAGGGCUGGGCUGGCACCCACUGAGAGCACGUUCUCGUCGGUACUCAGCGGGUGCGCGCGCGCUGGGGAUCGCUGCGGAGGGCGCGUGCUACAUGGCUGGCUGGUGAAGUCGGAGGAGCUUGACCCUGACACGCCGCUGCAGAAUGCGCUGCUCGGCAUGUACUCCAGCUGCGGUGAUCUGGACACUGCGUUGCAUGUGUUUGACAGGAUUGAGAGGCCUGACCUGGUGUCAUGGAAUACUCUGAUUGCUGGGUUUUCUGGUGCUGGGGAUGGAUGGAGUGCUAUGGAUGCUUUUGUACGGCUCAAGGAUGUGCGGUUUGGCGAACCGGUUGUCCCUGACGAGUAUACAUUUGCAGCUGUGGUGUCUGCUGCUGCUGCUUUACCUGCAAUGCGUAGUGGAAUGCCACUUCAUGCUGAAGUGGUCAAAGCUGGGUUGGAGACCAGUGUCUUUGUAGGUAAUACAUUGAUCAAUAUGUAUUUUACAAACGGGGAGCCAGGCUCAGCACGAAUUUUGUUCGAUUCCCUUCCGGAGAAAGAUGUAAUUAUGUGGACCGAGAUGGUUGCAGGCCAUUCUUCGUCAGGCGAAGCUGAAUUAGCCUUGAAGUAUUUCAUUAGCAUGCUUCAGGAAGGGUACAAGGUCGACAGCUUCUCUCUCAGCAGUGCUUUGAACUCCACAGCAGAGUUUGCAGGUCUUAAGCAAGGAGAGAUGCUCCAUGCUCAAGUGGUAAAAAGUGGUUAUGAAGGGAAUAUCUGUGCCUCUGGAAGCCUGCUUGAUAUGUAUGCUAAAAAUGGUGCUCUGCAAGGUGCCCAUUCGGUGUUCUACACCAUAACAAAGCGAGAUUUGAAGUGUUGGAAUUCCAUGAUAGGGGGAUAUGGCAAUUACGGCAAUUCAGAAAUGGCAUUUAAGUUAUUUGGUGAGAUGAUUCGUGAUGAGCUGCAACCUGACCAUGUAACUUACAUCUCCCUCCUUUCAGCAUGCAGCCACUGUGGACUAGUUGAGAAAGGGAAGUUCUACUGGUUUUGUAUGAUGACGGAUGGUAUUAUGCCAGGAUUCAAGCACUAUACUAGCAUGGUGAGUUUGCUGGGUAGGGCAGGUUUAUUGGAGGAAGCAGUUGAUUUACUGCAGAAAUCCCCAUUUGCCAAGAAAUGUCCUGAACUAUGGAGAAUUCUGCUAAGUUCCUGUGUAGCAUUAAAUGAUUUGUCCGUUGGUAUUCAUGCCGCUGAACAGGCACUCGCACAAGACCCAGAUGAUAUGUCGACACAUGUAUUGCUUUCAAACCUUUAUGCUGCUGCAGGCAAAUGGGACGUUGUAGCUGAAAUUAGGAAAAGGAUCAGAGGAAUGAUGGUUGAGAAGGAACCUGGUCUGAGCUGGAUCGAGAUCAAAAAUACGAUUCAUGUGUUCUCAGCAGAUGAUGAAUGCCACUCUCAGAUCGAUGACUAUCGUGGCGAGUUGCUUCGACUUAAGGGGAACAUGGAAUUGUUGUAUAGUUCUGAAAAUGAAUUGCUUUCAAGUGGCUAAGUUGCCAUGAAUAUAUUUCAGUGAAAGAGCAUUUGAAUUGCUUUCCUUUGAGGAUUGCUUAUUGAUAAGGACCCUCGGGUGAGUUAUUAAGAUUAAAAAUAUGGUGCUUGUCUUCUCUGCAGAGCUGAAGGUUGGAAAGGGCCACCCUAAUGGUUGAAAAUAUAGUUGUGAAAAUGAUCUGCUGCCAAGUGGCUAAGUUGCCAUGAACAGAUUUUGCUUAGAACUUAAAAGAGGUUUUGACUGCUUUCCUCUGUCACGGCUGCUAAUCUGGCUUAUAAUAAGAAUUUGGGUGUAACAGCUAAGCAAAAGAAAUGAGAAGGUUUACUUAUCAAGGGACAAUCUAUCAAUUUAAGGUUCCAAUAGCACUGUUACCACCAUUGGGUCAAAGAAGGUUUACAGUCAAACUGCAUCAAACAAGUUACUGAGGUGGAAGUAACACAGUAACCAAGCAUAAGUCCGACUUAUGUUUGGUUCCUCCAGAGACUAGGUACAUACUAAGCACUGGAUUGAUCAGCUGACAAACAAUUGCUCGAGUCUGAAUGGGAGAGAGAAGUUUGAGCCGAUGCUUUGGUGUCUCUUGCAUUAAUAUGUCUUUUUGGUUCUGUUUCAGUCUAUCUGUGAUCACCAGCAGAAUCUUGAGCUAUAAUUUUAUAGAGCAGAGAUACCUAAAUGCCCCGUGGUGCCCUUUUUUACUGUUUCAAAGAAAUUGAUGUUGAUUGUUGAGUAGAUUAUUUUGACAAGGGCUUCUUGAGUUUACACAUUAAUCAUUUGUCAGGUGUGCUGGCUGCUUCUAGGAAAGACAUGCGCUGCUGAAUAUUAAAGGAUACAGAGUAAGAUAUCCCAGAGAUUAUACUGGAAUUGUUCUAACAGAAGACAAAAAUGUACAGCUUAACUGAGGGCAUGGCCGUAUGAACCACAGUUACCUGUCCCAGUCAAGCCCUUCCAAUUCAUGAGGAGGGCCACAGCUGCAGCAGUGCAGCAGGUUAGGAGGGAGCCAUGGCUGCAGCACUGGGCCCAGGAGGGGACAUUGACUCUUCCAAGGAAUAAAGAUAAGUUAGGAUUUGGCACCGUUAGUUACUCUGUCUCUGUCUCUUAGUCUCUUAGUCUCUUGGUCUCUUAGUCUCUCUCUCUUUCUCUGACAGCGUUGGUGGAAACUUUUGGUCUUUUUGAUAUCAUAUUAUAUUUAUUCAUGGGAAAUGGAAUGACGUUGUCAUAGACUUUGAGGACAGCACCCGUAAAAGUUUUAUGUUUCCCCACACCAAUUCCUCAGUUUCUGGUCAUUUAUCAGGCUUUCUGUACAACGGUAUCUCCGAGGCAACAGGUUCGGUCUUUCCUUGUUUGUGUGUUCUUCAUUCUUGAAUCCAUGCACCCUUGUAAUAAGGUGUGAGUUUGGUUAAGAAUUCCUUCCCAAGUCCUUCCAACCUGUUCAUGCCCUGCAGCAAGGUUUUCUACUUUCACCGCUUCCUCUCGCUGAAGAUGGGAGGCUAUUACUGCUUGUUUCAAUUCUUGCUCAUCUAUGUUCUGCUCCACGGACAUCGCAGCCAUUCUCUGAACCAGGCAUGCCACCCCACUGACCUGGAGGCACUUCUUGCUUUUUCCAAUGGCUGGGACAGGAAGGGUGCCAAGCUCACCGGAUGGCAUCCCAACGACACCGCAUGCUGUUUCUGGACCGGCAUCUCCUGUGAUCUUGGGAGGGUUAUCGUGUUGGAUCUCUUCAACAAGAGCCUCCAUGGCGGCAUCUCCUCCUUGAUCACCUCGCUCGAUGGCCUCAUGACACUAAACCUCUCCUGCAACUCGUUCCAUGGUCAGCUACCAGAGGGACUUGGCCAGCUAGCGAGGCUGCAGAUGCUCGACCUCAGCGUGAACAUGUUCUCUGGGCCGUUCCCGGUGAGGGAAGACGGCUUCCUAGCUAUUGAGAUGGUAAACAUCUCCUUCAACAAAUUCACCGGACCGCAUCCUACGUUCCCUGGCGCGAUGAACCUGGCGGUUCUUGAUAUCUCUAGUAAUACCUUCUCUGGUGGCUUCAACACCAGGGCCCUCUGUGUUACGCCAGUCAAGGCCCUGCAAUUUUCCAGGAAUGAGUUCAACGGUGAGGUCCUCGCCGGCUUUGGCAGAUGCAGGAUGCUCGUGGAGCUCUCUAUUGAUGGCAGUGGCAUCACUGGGAGUAUCCCCAGCGACCUGUACAUGUUAUCAGAGUUGAGGAGGCUCAGUUUACGGGAAAAUCAGCUCUCUGGUAGUCUCAGCCAGUACCUGGGUAACUUCUCUCAGCUUAUUCAUAUCGACCUGUCAUAUAACAUGUUCACUGGUGUCAUCCCUGAUGUGUUUGGUGGUUUGAGGAGGCUGGAGUUCUUAAACUUGGCCUCAAAUUUGUUCAGUGGCACAUUGCCUGCCUCCCUAUCAAGCUGCCCUAUGUUGAGGGUUGUCAACCUAAGGAACAAUUCGCUGUCAGGCGAAAUUGCCCUAGACUUCAACUUACUGCCAAGGCUGAAUGUUCUGGAUGCAGGGAGCAACACGUUGAGUGGUGCCAUACCUCCCAGUCUCAUGUGGUGCACCGAGUUGAAGACGCUGAACUUCGGAAGGAACAAGCUCAAGGGGGAGAUACCAGAGAGCUUUAAACAUUUGCGAUCCCUGUCACACCUCUCACUUGCUCAAAAUGGCUUCACCAACCUGUCAUCGGCAUUGAGGGUCUUGCAGCACCUGCCCAAACUGACGAGUUUAGUGCUUACGAAGAACUUCCAUGGUGGUGAGACAUUUCCAAUAGAUGGCAUCAGUGGUUUCAAGAGCUUGCAGGUGCUUGUCCUUGCAAACUGUGCACUCUCAGGCAUGAUCCAGCCUUGGCUGCAGAACAUGGAGAGCCUCAGAGUGCUGGACAUUUCAUGGAACAAGUUGAAUGGAAAGCUCCCAUCAUGGUUAGGCAAUCUGAAUAAUCUCUUCUACGUCGACCUGUCAAACAACUCGUUUAGUGGGGAACUCCCCAAGAGCUUUACACAAAUAAAGAGUUUAAUUUCAAGUACUUAUUCAAGUGAGCAUGCAUCAAUAGAGGACCUCCCAUUAUUCAUUAAGAAGAAUUCAGCUGAAAAAGGUUUGCAGUACAACCAUGUGAGCAGUUUCCCUCCGGCGCUGAUCCUCUCUAGUAACUGGCUUAUUGGGCCAGUCUUGCCUGGCCUUGGGCAUCUUGUGCAGCUCCAUUUACUUGACUUAAGCUGGAACAACUUCUCAGGGCACAUUCCUGACGAGUUGUCAAACAUGUCCAGCCUGGAAGUGCUGAAUUUUGCCCACAAUGGUUUAAACGGGAGCAUACCUUCAUCUCUAUCGAAGCUGAAUUUCCUCUCCAAGUUUGAUGUGUCAUACAACAAUCUCAGUGGAGAUAUCCCAAUAGGGGGGCAAUUUUCCACAUUCACAAAUGAGAGUUUUGUGGGCAAUGCUGCACUAUGCCUUCUUCGGAAUGGCCCCUGCUCUGGAGAGAAUCCACUUGAAGGAACUGGAAAUGAUGGCACCGAUACUGUAUCUGCAAUGCCUGCGAUGACAUACAUCACUGUGGAAGUGGGAUUUGCUUUCGGGCUUUUAAUCGUCUGGAACAUACUGUUUUUUGCAAGGGCUUGGAGGGCUGCGUAUUUUCUGACGGUUGAUAGGUUCUUUGAUAUGAUAUAUCUAGUGACAAUGACGAAGGUGAACAAGUUAAGAAGAAAAUGGGAGGAGUAAAGAUCAUCCUUGAAAUAAGUCACCCAUGGCUCUUCACAGGUUCUAACCAGGGAGUUUAUGUGCAAAUGUUGUUUAAUAUGCUGUCUCCCUUUUUCUCACCUUAUGUUAUCUUCUUUGCUGCCGCCUCAGGUGUCAUUACCUGGAUAGAGUUAGCAGUAUGGGUUGUGUGGUUAGAUUUUGAGUUCCCCUUCAUGUUGAGGACAAUAUUGUUGUGAUAUGUAUUGGUACAAUAAAAUUUAUGAACUGUAUGAUGGAUAA